AUGUUCAGCCGGGGUUGCGGGACAAGCGCAAUGAGGCACCGCGGCCGCAGCCCUGAGCAGGAGAAGGAACUUGGUAAUUUUAGUCAUUUGGCAAAUAGGUUUCAACUACAACUCGUGCUGCCUUCGAGUGGAAGUGCGCGGCCCAAGUUCAUGGAGCUCGACACCGCGACAUCGGCGGGAUGCAGUAUGCAGAGCAGCCAAGGUGAGCCACAUACUGGUCCUAAAAAUAACCGAGGCACCCACUGCGAGCAAAUAAACCGCUGCGCUGCCACGCCGCAGCCUACAGCUGCGAGCGUUAUUGAUUUGAGAGAGCCAGCGCGCGGCUCGCGGCGCGUCGCUGUGCGCGUGCGCGGGCGCGCGUGCUCGCGGUCUCUGGCGCCGCUCGCGACUGCCACGCGCCGCCGCCGCGCGCCUUAUCUGUAG